UUAUUUUAUUUCAAUUUCAUCCCCACCAUUAUCUUUCUUCCCCAAAAUCAUUCUUUCUUCCUCACUUUCCCUCUUCACAUCACACAAGCUCUCAACACAAAUCAUCCACUCCGAUUCUCACUAACGAAAUCAGAGAUUUCUCUUCUGAUUCUCUGAAUCUCAAUCUUUCUUCACUCAUCUCUUUCAAUUCAAUUUCACCAUCAUCCUCUUCUUCAAUUCAUUCAUUUGAUUUUGACUUUUUCGGAUCCAAAUUUCAACGAUUUUGUCUCUGCCUCCAUAGAAACAGAGUACGAAUGGGGGAAGAGGUGAGGAUGAUGGAUGAAGAGCGUUUGAUGGAGUGGGAGAAGGGUCUCCCAAGCGUUCACGAUCUAACUCCGCUUUCUCAGCCGCUGAUCCCGCCGGAGCUCGCAACCGCCUUCAGCAUCUCGCCGGAGCCCCGCCGCACACUCCUCGACGUCAACCGCGCAUCCCGCAACACGCUCUCCAUCCUCCGCAGCGGUGGAGCCCCACUCCAGGCUCUUUCCUCCUCCGACGAGGAGGGCGAGGGCGGAGGUGGCGGAGGUGAGGAGGACGACACCACCGAUCGCGACGGGUCGGGUGGGUCAGGGUCACGGAAACAGAGGAAGGUGGAUUGCGCGGCGGAGGAGGCUGACUCGGCGGUUCGGACGACGGAUACGGCGACGCUGAAACGGCCGCGUCUGGUGUGGACACCGCAGCUGCAUAAGCGGUUCGUGGACGUGGUGGCGCACCUCGGGAUCAAGAACGCGGUGCCGAAGACGAUCAUGCAGUUGAUGAACGUGGAAGGGUUGACCCGAGAGAACGUGGCGAGUCAUCUUCAGAAGUACCGGCUGUACUUGAAGAGGAUGCAGGGUCUCUCCAACGAGGGUCCUUCUUCCUCCGAUCAUCUCUUUGCUUCCACCCCUGUUCCUCAGAGCUUGCAUGAUUCUGCUGCUGCUGCUGUUGCUGCAACUGCACAUUCAAAUUCGCAUUCACAAACACAUUCCCAUUCACAUGGACAUGGGAAUUCUUCUCACCUUCCUGUUCCGAUUCCCAUGCCUUAUCCACCUCCGAUGAUGUCUAUGCCCUUCCAUGGUAUGCCUCACCUGCAUCAUGGCCAUGGACACAUGGGUAUGCCGCUUCCUUCUUCCUCUGCCACCUCCUCUUAUCGCUCUCAAUACCCCUUUAACAUGUUGCACCAGAGGGAUUGGCCUCACCCUCAUCUUGCUCCUAAUGAUAAUAAAUGAAAGCGGUUCAGAUCAAUUCAGCUGCAAUUACUCUCUAUUUUUAUACAGAUUCAAAAGUAUUCUUGAGGAAGCAUAUGGAGACUUUAAGGAGCUAAAUUACAAGCUUGCAUCAGUAAUAUCUAUCAUGUGCUUCCUUGCACACAUCUCUUACUCCUGUUACCUAAUUGUAGGAGGAGAAUUCUGGCAUGUUUCUUCUGGACUACUUGGAGAGCUGAUUCUAUAGUAAAAAUUCUUAACUAGCUCUCGGAUUCAUACAUCAUGAGUGCUAUUAUAUUAUGAAAUCCUGAACAUGUUAACCUUUUUUUCAGAACCAUUGGAAAUUUGAAUAAAAGAGAGACUGAACAACAGUCAGCAAACAUUUGUUCCAUGUCACUCUGGCAUUUGUGUUUCUAUACCUUAAAAGUUAUUCCUUAAUGUUAGAAAUGUGGGAAUGGAACGAGAUUUGUACUUUGUAUAUUUAUAGAGGCACAUCAUAUACACACAUAUAGAGAAUACUUGUUUUACCCAUGAGACUCAGUUGUCUGAGUAAUUUUCUUGUCCAAGUUUACUUGGUUUAGAGGGUAGUAUGCAUUCUAACGAGUAGAGGCACAAACAUGUUUUGAUCAAGAUAAAUAGGAGCUUGAGGAAGACCGAUCUAUACAGUUUGUAA